AUGAACAUCGUUCGUCCAAGCCUCCGCGUGCGCUCCUCUCUCCCCUUCCAGAGUCUCUACCGUCUACUCGGCGCCCUAGCUCCCAAGCGCGCAGGUGACGCCCCUCUCACGAUCCCCAGCGCGGCGCGCAGCGCGACGACGAAAGCUGCAGCAGCAGCAGCAGCAGCAGCAGAAACAGAAACAGACGCUGCCGAGGCGCGAUCCUUCCGGGGAUCGCGGCUGACCAAGCCGCUGAAGAUGGCGGACCUCACGGCCAAGUACCAGCGCUGGACGCGCACCGACCUCCUGGACCGGCUGAACCUGUUGGAGAACGAGUUCAAGAGGCGCGGCGUGGACAUUGACGCCGAGCUGCGCGCCGCGACCGAGGCUUCGGAAGCGCAAGCAGCAGCAGCAGCCGCUGCCGCUGCGGCGGCGGCCGUGGCGGAGGCGGAAGCGGUUGCUCCGAAGAACGGAGGCGACCCUGCUGCUGCGGCGGCGGCGGCCGUCCCUAAGAAAAAGAUCAAGAAGCCGGCCGAGAUCGACCCUUCCAAGUACAGCACGCGCUUCAUCGCGCUGAAACUCGCGUACCUGGGCAAGAAUUACGGCGGAUUCGAGUUCCAGGCGUCAGCGGAGAUGCCGACUAUUGAGGAGGAGCUGUGGAAGGCGCUGGUGACGGCGCGCCUCAUCUACCCCAAGGACAAGAAGGUCAUCGACUUUACCUGCUGCGACUACGCCAAGUGCGGGAGGACGGACCGGGGCGUGAGCGCGUUUGGGCAGGUUAUCUCGUUGCGGGUGAGGAGCAAUAGACCGCUGCCGAAACCUGCCGCUGCGACAACUCCGACGACGACGACGACGACGACGACGACGACCGCUGAUGGAGGCGAGUCUAGGGUCGUCGGAGCGGAAGCAGAGGUGGAACUGCCCGAGAAGCAGCAGCAGCAGCAGCAGGAGGAGGAGGAGAAGCCGUUCGACGACGUCAAGGACGAGAUCAACUACACGACCUUUUUGAACAAGCUCCUCCCGCCCGACAUCCGCAUCCUCGCGUGGCAGUACCGCUACUUCUUCACGCAGCCCUCGUUCCUGCCCCUCCCGUCGCAGUAUAACCCGGCCGGCAGCAACGGGUGGCUGGACAUUGGCAAGAUGCGCGAGGCCGCCCGCCUGUUUGUCGGGGUGCGCGACUUUCGCAACUUUUGCAAGGUGGAUGCCGCGAAGCAGGUGACUAAUUUUGAGCGCGAGAUCUUUGCCGCCGACGUCGUUGAGGUGCCUGACGCGCAUGCGGACCUGCCGUUUCUCUCCGCUCCGGAGAUGCAGCCGCCCAGCGGUAGCGCUGCUGCUGCUGCUGCUGCUGCUGCCGUUCUCGAUGGACCCGCCGCGCGCCCCAAGACGUACGCGUUCGUGGUCAAAGGGUCCGGGUUCCUGUGGCACCAGAUCCGGUGCAUGGUGUCGAUCCUCUUUCUCGUGGGCCAGGGGCUGGAGCCGGCGUCGCUCAUCUCGGACAUGCUGGACGUGAAGAAGACGCCCAGCCGGACAACGUACAUCAUGGCGCACGACGUGCCCCUCGUGCUGUGGGACUGCGUGUUCCCCGAGGAGUCGGACCCGGCGCGCCGCGACGCGCUGAAUUGGGUGUAUCCCAGCCGGGAGUGCGAGGGCAACUACUACGGCACCAUGGCGGUGCUGGACAGCGCCUGGUCCACUUGGAGAGAGCGGCACGUGGACGUGAUCCUCUCGGCGCAGCUUGCCGGGCUCAUCGCCGCGGCUGACCCGCCCGGGGGCUGGAACGCGGGUGACGCGGCUCCGGCGGCGGCGGCGGCGGCGGCGGACGGCAGCCAGGUCAAGGGCGAGGGCAACAAGAAGCCCAAGGGCCGGCCGGUCAAGGCCAAGCUGAAGAAGAUGAUGACGCCGGAGCAGGUCAAUGACCAGUACGCUAAGAAAAUGGGCUUUGAGAAUGCGGAGACGAUGAGGGCUACGGAUGGGUGGAGGAAGGCGAUUAAAGAUGUGCGGGCGAGUAGGAGGGCCAAGGCGGCGGCGGGGUGGAGGAGCAGCAGCAGCAGCAGCAGCAAAAGUGAGACGGCUCUCUUUAGUGGUUUGCAUCCAGAAAAGCCUAGUGGGUUUGGGCCGCGGGAACAGGACAACCAUGUCCUCCUCACCCUCGACCACGACGACAAGGCAGAAGCGGACCUCGAACCCGACAAAGACCUCGUUGACGAGCACAUCGCGGAUCAACUCAGUGGGUAUGAAGCGCGCCGCGCCCCCGCGCGACGGCCGCGUCUGGAUGCCGAGGCCCCGCAGGACCAAGACCGACUCGGUAGUGUCGACGCGCGCGAGGGCCAUGGCGGCGAACACGGCGGCGGCCGCCCCGCAGCUAGGACGGGUCCCGAGAGGCGCGCAGUCGAGGCUAGAGCCAGCGCGGCGGGGCGGCCAACCAAAACAAACCGCAAAUACCCCGGCUGUAAUGGUCAUAAUGGUUGA